CAGACGACAUUUUUAAAGGCGGGUUGCAACUAGAUGGGUUACAAAUGAACUUACCCACCCCAUGCCACAUCACUUCUGAAGACUAACACAGCGCGAUUUUGCUGCAAUCCAGGACAAUGGUGAUGCAUGGCAGCAAUAGCUGGCAACUGUUACAUCUGAUGUGAAACGCCAAGAAAAGCACUUGGACGUGUUGGGCUCAGGAUGUCCAGGCGAUGUGUUUCACAUCUGUGUUUUGACAGCAGGCACCAGUUGCACACUCGCUCCUGUGAUCGGGAUCUCUCCUCUCUGUGUGAUAUCACUGAGUGAUGAUGACAACACUUCAUACAUGUGCGCAACCUGAAAUAAUGCCAUCGGAGGGCUAAACGAGGGGGAAAGGUGUUUUAAAUUCUUAUUACGCGGUGAUUUGGGCUCGGUGUUGACUAUGGUGGAGCUGGAGAAGGAGGUUCUGCCGCUGCCACCGCGGUACCGGUUCCGAGACCUGUUGCUCGGGGACUGGCAGACAGACGACAGAGUGCAGGUAGAGUUCUAUGUGAAUGAAAACACUUUCAAGGAGCGUCUCAAGCUGUUCUUCAUCAAAAACCAAAGAUCCAGUUUAAGAGUGAGACUGUUCAACUUCUUCCUGAAGGUUCUGAGCUGCCUGCUGUACAUCAUACGAGUGCUUCUGGACGACCCGCGAGAGGAGAGAGAUUGUCCUGGCUGUCUCAGACAGAACGCCUCUGCCCACAACAGAAGCCAUUUUGACUGGUCCCUCAUUAUUUGGGUGAACAGACCUCUCCCACUCUGGGCUCUUCAGGUGCUUGUUGCAUUCAUCAGUUUUUCAGAGACCAUGUUGCUGGUGUACCUCAGCUACAAGGGCAACCUUUGGGAGCAAGUGUUGCGCAUUCCGUUUAUUCUGGAGAUGAUCAGCGCAGUUCCGUUCGUGAUCACUGUGAUUUUGCCCUCCCUCAGAAACAUAUUCAUCCCUGUGUUCUUAAACUGCUGGUUGGCCAAACACGCUCUCGAGAACAUGAUUAAUGACCUGCACAGAGCGAUCCAGCGCACACAUUCAGCCAUGUUCAACCAGGUCCUCAUCCUCAUCAGCACGCUACUUUGCCUCAUCUUCACCUGUAUUUGUGGCAUUCAGCACUUGGAGCGAGCAGGAAAUAAUCUGACUCUCUUCGACUCGCUGUAUUUCUGUGUAGUGACCUUCUCUACGGUGGGCUUUGGUGAUGUCACACCUCAGAUCUGGCCAUCUCAGCUACUGGUGGUCAUUAUGAUCUGUGUGGCUCUUAUAGUUCUGCCAAUUCAGUUUGAGCAGUUAGCUUUCUUGUGGAUGGAGCGGCAGAAGUCUGGAGGCAACUACAGCCGCUACCGAGCACAGACAGAGAAACAUGUGGUGCUGUGUGUUAGCUGCCUGAAGAUAGACCUUCUUAUGGACUUCCUCAAUGAGUUCUUCGCUCAUCCCAGACUGCAGGAUUACUAUGUGGUGAUAUUAUGUCCUGCUGAGAUGGACGUCCAGGUACGGAGAGUCCUCCAUAUCCCGCUGUGGGCUCAGAGAGUCAUCUACCUGCAGGGAUCUGCUCUUAAAGAUCAGGAUCUCAUGAGGGCAAAGAUGGAUGAUGCUGAGGCAUGUUUUAUCCUGAGCAACCGGUUCGAAGUGGACCGCUUUGCGGCUGAUCAUCAGACCAUUCUUAGAGCCUGGGCUGUGAAGGAUUUUGCCCCGAACUGCCCUCUGUACGUGCAGAUCCUCAAACCUGAGAAUAAGUUCCACAUCAAGUUUGCAGACCAUGUGGUUUGCGAGGAGGAGUUUAAGUACGCCAUGUUGGCCCUGAACUGUGUAUGCCCUGCCACUUCCACCCUGAUCACCUUAUUGAUUCAUUCAUCUCGAGGACAAACAGCAUCUUCAGAGGCCUUCAGGCAGCGAGCCGGUGCCUUCCAACAGCUCAACAGGGAGGGUGUUGCUGGCUCGGCCGACCAUUGGCAACGCACCUACAGACGCUGUGCAGCCAAUGAGGUACAUCACAUCCGGCUGGAGGAGAGCAAGUUCUUUGGGGAAUAUCAGGGAAAGAGUUUCACCUUUGCCUCAUUUCACGCACAUAAGAAAUACGGAGUGUGUCUAAUCGGAGUGCGCAGAAUGGACACAGCGAACAUCCUCUUGAACCCUGGUCCCUGUCACAUCAUGGGAGCUUCAGACACCUGUUUCUACAUUAACAUCUCUAAAGAGGAGAACUCAGCGUUUGUCAGGGGCCACAGGGAGCCUGUGAGAGGACCCGGGGUCGACUCCAGAGGAGUCCCUCAGACUAUCUAUCAUGGCCUUACUCGUCUACCAGUACACAGCAUUAUAGCCAGCAUGGGCACGGUAGCCAUAGACCUGCAGGACUCCAGUGACAGCAGUCCGGAGGGGACCGGCCCGGCUGUUUUGGGCAGCGGUCAUCUGAGCAGAAGCGGCUCCAGGGCAGACGUUAUGGGCUGUAACACUCUAGCGUUGCCCGCCGUGAGCGCCUCAGGAGAGGAGAGGAGACACAGCAUUGCCCCGGUCCUGGAGGUGGUGGACGGGGUGCACAGUCCCACAUUCGACCUGCUGGGAGACCAGUCAGAGGACGAGGGAGGAGACGAUGGGAAAGAGGACGAGGGAGGGGAACAGAAGGGCCAGUGGUGGGGCGCUCACUGCGAAUGGGUGAAAGGUUACCCACUGAACUCUCCGUACAUCGGCAGCUCUCCUGCACUUUGCCACCUCCUGCAAGAGAAAAUGCCAUUUUGCUGUCUGCGUCUGGAUAAGGCUUGUCAUCAUAUGCCCUACGAGGAUGCCCGUUCGUACGGCUUCAAAAACAAACUCAUCAUCGUGUCGGCGGAAAGCGCUGGAAACGGCCUGUAUAACUUCAUUGUUCCACUGAGGGCUUAUUACCGGCCCAGGAAAGAGCUUAACCCCAUCGUUCUGCUACUGGAGAACGUACCGGAGGCUGACUUCCUAGAAGCCAUCUGCUGGUUUCCUAUGGUCUUCUACACUGUGGGCUCCAUUGACAAUUUAGACAGUCUUCUACGUUGUGGUGUGACGUUUGCUGACACCAUGGUGGUGGUGGACAAAGAGAGCUCCAUGAUCGCAGAAGAGGAUUACAUGGCCGAUGCCAAGACCAUUGUGAAUGUUCAGACACUUUUUAGGCUUUUUCCAGCUCUCAGUAUUAUAACAGAACUGACCCACCCUGCCAACAUGCGCUUCAUGCAGUUUAAAGUGAAAGACCACUACUCCCUGGCUCUCUCAAAACUGGAGAAGAAAGAGAGAGAGAGAGGCUCCAACCUGGUCUUCAUGUUCAGAUUGCCAUUUGCAGCAGGGAAGGUGUUUAGUGUCAGUAUGCUGGACACUCUGCUGUAUCAGUCCUUCGUAAAAGACUACAUGAUCUCCAUCACCAGGCUGCUGCUAGGUCUGGACUCGAUGCCUGGAUCUGGCUUUCUGUGUGCUAUGAAGAUCACGGAGGAGGACUUGUGGAUCCGUACUUACGGUCGUCUCUACCAGAAGCUGUGCUCCUCAACAGGAGACAUUCCCAUUGGGAUCUACCGAACUGAAGCUCACAAACUCCCCGUCUCAGAGUCUCAGGUGUCUAUCACGGUGGAGGACUACGAGGAUACGCGAGAGCCCCGGGAGCCUCUGCUUUGCCGCUCCGGUCCUCACCGUAACUCAACCUCAUCCGAACCGCCCUCAUCCUCACAAGCCAUGGACCACCCUCUCCUGAGGAGGAAGAGCAUGCAGUGGGCACGGCGAUUGAGUCGCAAGGGUGGGAGGAGCUCCAGUGGAACCAAGGGUGUGGGGAGCGCCGCCGAGCGCAUCAGCCAGCAGAGACUCAACCUUUUCCGGCGCUCGGAGAGACAGGAGCUCAAUGCUCUGGUCCGCACCCGCAUGAAGCACUUGGGUCUCUCGCCGUCUGGAUUUAAUGGUAUGACAGAUCAGGGCAACAGACUCUCUUAUAUCCUCAUCAAUCCCUCCCCUGACACACGCCUUGAACUUCAUGAUGUCGUGUAUCUGAUCAGACCAGAUUUACUGUCAGCGGUGCCUAACCAGGCCAGUGGGCGCAAGCCAAGCGCAGGCCCAGCGGAGGGACACAGAUUUGACACACAGGACAGCACUCAUUUAUGAAUACAAUCACCACCAAAAUCACAGUGUGGAGGUUAAAUAUAAGCUGUGUGUGCAUGUGCACGACUGAAAGAGGUGGAACGUGAUGGAUUGGAUGGAAUGUAGAAAACAACAGCAUGUGGAAAUUUUGGAAAACAACAUAGGAACUCUGGGAACUGAAUCUACAGUGUAAAAAGUGAUCUGGCUUUUAUAGUUGCCUUCACUCAUCACUCACCAAAGUCAAACUGAAUGUUACAUAGUCAGUACUGAAAUUGUCGUGAGCACAUGAUUUCACAUUUCAAAAAACGAAUAUAUGUUUUGCAUACAGAAAUUGUCUAUUGUGAAUCUUUUUGUUUGUUUGUUUUGUGAAUUAAAUGGAUAGUUCACCCAAAAAUGAAAAAUGAUUUGUGUUUCAUCUUACCCUUAUUUAACAAAAUAUUUUCUUUUGAGUUUAACAGCAGACAAAAUCUCUUGAACAACAUGCGGUUGAGAAAAUGAUGACUUAAUUUUUGGAUGAACUAUCCCUUUAAGCAUUUUUCUCCCAAUGUGUCUUUAGAUUCAUUAUUGUAAAAUAGAUUUUUUUCACAUGUUAGUGGAUUUGUUUCAUCAUAAUAAGUCAUCCUAAAAAUGCAUUUAUAAGUAACAAUGCUCAAAGGACUUUACUACAGCAAUUCAUUCUCUAUGUGAUCCCCAGCUUUAAUUUGAGCCAACAUACAUCAUUAUUAAUAAUCAAAGGUUUUUGUUCAGACAUAGCUUGGUACAGUUGGCCGGUGUCAUGUUCCUGUCUUUCUCUCUCUGCUUUUCUGUCUACUGACCUGAUCUUUUAUUUAAAAAAAUAUAAAACAAUACAUUUAAAGAAGAAACUGAUGCAUUCUGAAGAGGUGGCUGGUGACUUUAUUUUCUGAGGGCGCACAAUUACAACAUGCAUUUAGCCCGUUAUGUGUGUGGCUCGUCAUAUCAAAAUAUGUGUUUGGCGCGUCGUGUCCACUUAUGUGCACAACGCGUCAUGUCAAAAUACGUGCCUGCUGCAGACGCUUCAAAGGGGUUUAUGAUAAAAGAGACGCACUCCAAACACAUGACGAGCCACACACGACACUCCGAACACAUAUUUUGACAUGACGAGCACGCACGUGACACUCCAAACACAUAUUUUGACAUGAUGAGCCACACACGACGCACCAAACGCAUAUUUUGACAUGACGAGCACGCACGUGACACUUCAAACACAUAUUUUGACAUGAUGAGCCACACACGACGCACCAAACGCAUAUUUUGACAUGACGAGCACGCACGUGACACUUCAAACACAUAUUUUGACAUGAUGAGCCACACACGACGCGCCAAACGCAUAUUUUGACAUGACGAGCACGCACGUGACACUUCAAACAAAUAUUUUGACAUGAUGAGCCACACACGACGCACCAAACGCAUAUUUUGACAUGACGAGCACGCACGUGACACUUCAAACACAUAUUUUGACAUGAUGAGCCACACACGACGCACCGAACACAUAUUUUGACAUGACGAGCCACACACGACACACAGAACACAUAUUAUGACUUGACGAGCAACACACGACUCUACAAACACAUAUUUUGACAUGACGAGCCACACACGACACUCCAAACACAUAUUUUGACAUGACGAGCCCCACACGACACACCAAACACAUAUUUUGACAUGACGAGCCCCACACAACACACCAAACACAUAUUUUGACAUGACAAGCCACACACAUGACGCACCGAACACAUAUUUUGACAUGACGAGGCAAACACGACACACCAAACACAUAUUUUGACAUGAUGAGCCACACACAUGUCACCGACCACAUAUUUUGACAUGCCGAGCCACACACGACACAUCAAGCACAUUUUGACAUGACGUGCCACACACAUGACGCACCGAACACAUAUUUUGACAUGACAAGCCACACACGACACACCAAACACAUAUUUUGACAUGACGAGCCACACACAUCACACCGAACACAUAUUUUGACAUGACGAGCCACACACGACACACCAAACACAUAUUUUGACAUGACGAGCCACACACAUGCACCGAACAGAUAUUUUGAAAUGCAGCAUUUUUGUCAAAUCAAUAUAUAUAUAUAUUAUGUUACUUUAAUUAAUAAAAACUAGUUGAAAUUGUUUAACUUAUUUUUAUAAGUUAUGUCAACUUAUCACAGGUCAAAACUUAAAAUAGUAGGUUGAGUUGACUUUGUUUGUUUUACCUUUAUGUUGCAUUUUUGAGUGCAGGGAAUACACAUACUGAUAAAAUAUAUAUAUCAUAAUUCACUCUUAAGUUGCUUUCGAGAAAAGCGUCUGCCAAAUGCGUAAAUGUAAAAUGUCAAAGUGUCUGUUAAAUGUAAAGAAAAUGGAAACAACUGAAAUAUGUGAAAAUACUUUCAUUUGUUGUUUUGAUUAACAAACAUUUGUCAUCAUUUUCACAACUAACAAUAACAAUAACUUUCUUAAAUUUCACAAAUGAAAAUAGAUUUAUAAUAAAAAGCUCAAUUUGGUUGUUUAAAAAGUUUAAGCAUUAAAUCACUUUUUACAGUGUGGUCUUAUCCUUAUUUUCUUACUAGAGGACUUUCCAAUGCAUGGAUUUUUUCCAUUUAAUUUUUGCAUCAAAUUAUUUUCAAUGUAAGAGAACCGAGGCCACACAAGUGCAUUUAAAUAAGUUGUUUGUAUUAGUCUCUGUGCAUGUGAAUGUAUAUGAAAUAGCCACAGCAAUGCCGUUCUUGGAGCGUCAAAGGAACACAUUGCCAAGUGUACUUUGAAAGGAUACAGGAUGUUCACUGCUGUCAUGUGUUUCAAUGUUUGUCAACAGCUUGAGAUCUCGGGAAGGAUUUUUCAGAUGGUCUAAAUGCAAUCUGAGAAGAGGUGGUCGUACGGUCAUGAACGGUUUUUAAUACUAUUUAUCAUUUCCUCAGCUUUUCUAAACUUGCAUACUAUAUUGUUUGAAUUAAGGCAUCCAAAAAGGAGCUUAUUUAAUGGACCAAACAAAUUUACAAUAAUGUGUUUUCUUUCUUUUAUUUAUUUUUGAGGACACUUUAGGAACAAGCAUUUUGUGUUCAAAAUUUCCAAAUUGUCUCUUUGAACAAAACUGGAUUAUUUCUGUAUGUGUUUGAUGUUUGCAUUGAUAAGAUCUGUUCAGCUACUGUUUCGUGGGUUUCUUUGUUUUGAUUUUACCAAGGCUGUUUUUGUAAUUUGGUCAGGUUAAUAUCCUGUUGCUGGCAUGCAUGCUACAGAUCACGCAUGCAUAGCCCAAGGAUUUGUUUGUCCUGCUAUAAAUAACAGGAAUGAAUGUACCAUCCCCUUGCUCUG